AUGGAAGAAAAUAAAGAGGAAGCGCUUAAGGCGAUAGAGAUUGCUGAGAAGAGAUUUUCUCAGAGAGACUUUGAAGGUGCGAAAAACUAUGCUUUAAAGGCUAAAACACUUUGUCCUGAGUUGGAUGGUGUAUCUCAAAUGGUGGCAACUUUUGAAGUUUAUUUUGCUUCUGAGUUCAGACAUAACGGCAAACUUGAUUAUUAUUCGGUUCUUGGACUGAAACCUACUGCAGACGAAGCGGCUGUCAAAAGAAAGUACAAGAAGUUGGCAGUGUUGCUUCAUCCAGAUAAGAACAAAUGUGUUGGAGCUGAUGGGGCGUUUAAGCUUGUUUCAGAGGCGUGGACUUGUCUCGACAAUGCUAUGCGUAGUUCUUAUGAUCUCAAGAGAAAUUAUUCUUCUGUUGUUCAGGCUACAGGUUAUAACAACUGUUCCAAGAUGCCGCCGACCUCUUGUAGUAAACUCGACACAUUUUGGACAAUCUGUACCGCUUGUAAGGUUCAGUAUGAGUAUAUGCGCAAGUACGUGAAUAAAAAACUCUCUUGUAAGAACUGCCGCGGCGUUUUUAUUGCGGUUGAAACUGGUGCAGCCCCAGCAAAUGGUUCAUUUCCGUAUCAACCUGUGCCAUAUGUGCCAGGAAAUGGGUAUGGAAAUCAAUCAAUUGACGGAGUUACAUAUGCUCCGUCUAAUGCCCCCUAUUUUAAUGGGAAUGGAGUCCCAGGAUACCAUUCUGGACACGGUUACGAAUAUGUUUCAAAUGUUUCGUUUCAGAUGGGCUCUGCUGGUUAUAUCCAUCAAAACGGAUCACCUACUGCUCUACCUGCUGGUUCUGUUUAUCAGGUCAAUGGAAAUGCAAAGAGGGGAAGACCAAAGGUCAAACCAGAAGUAGCUAAUGGAAGGCAUCCUAUGGCGGAGACCAUGGUCAACAUAAACUCACACGUAUCGUUCUCCUGUAAUGAACUGCAUGAAGUUAAGCUAGGUAGACCUGACAAGAAACCUAAAAUUACAGUGGGAGCCAGUUUCAGAAACGGAUAUGAUGAAAAAGGGUCAAAAUGUGCUCCAGAAGCAGUAAUGUCAAAUGGAAACGAUAGUGUUGGAAAUAGCAGACUUGGCCAGAAGCUUUCCGGUGUAAAUGAAGUUCAAACCAAACACUGUUUCACUCCACCUGCAUUUGACGCGAGAAAAUUAUUGAUUGAGAAAGCAAGGACAGUUAUUAGGAAGAAACUCGAAGAAAUGAAGUUGUCAUCUGAAGCUGCAGCUCUAAAAGAGAAAGAAAAGGCACACCUUGAUGUUUGUCAAGUCAAAAGACAGACAUGUAGGAAAGCACCUCUGAAUGUUUCUGGCCUAACGGUUGAACACGGGAAAGUCAAUCCGAUCUCAAUAACUGUCCCGGAUUCUGACUUUCACGACUUCGACAAAGAUAGGACAGAGGAAUGUUUCCAGCCAAAGCAAAUAUGGGCUUUAUAUGAUGAGGAAGACGGAAUGCCACGAUUGUAUUGUCUGAUCCGCGAGGUUUUAUCUGUUAAUCCUUUUAAGAUCCAUAUCAGUUACUUAAAUUCCAAAACUGAUACCGAGUUUGGCUCAGUAAACUGGCUUGAAUCAGGUUUUACCAAAUCUUGUGGAAAUUUCAGGGCUUGGACUUCAGAUAUUGUUGACCAAGUCAACAUAUUUUCUCAUGUUCUAAGCCGUGAGAAGGCAGGUCGAGGUGGUUGUGUUCGCAUAUAUCCAAGAAGUGGAGAUAUAUGGGCUGUUUAUCGAAAUUGGUCGCCAGAUUGGAACCACUCUACACCGGACAAAGUAAGGCAUGAAUAUGACAUGGUGGAGGUGCUGUAUGAUUACUCCGAGGAUCUCGGUGUCUGUGUUUCUCCUCUUAUCAAGUUAUCUGGAUUCAAAACAGUAUACAAAAGGAAUCCUGACCAAAGUGCUGAGAGAUGGAUACCGAGAAGAGAAAUGGUACGUUUUUCACAUCAAGUUCCUUCUUGGUUGCUGAAAGGGGAGGAAAGCAAAUUGCAGGGUCGGUGUUUUGAUCUUGAUCCAGCUGCAACUCCGGAUGAGCUUCUUCAUACUGCUACAGAAGCAAAAGCUUUGUAG